GACGCCGAACCAACGUGAUGGCGUCAGGCGCCGCGAGCGCCGUUUCCUGUUGUCGCUGGCCCGGAGGCCGCAGCGCCUGGUCCGAGGCUUAGGGGCUGCCUUGGCCAGCAGUGCCCCGCGCCCCCUCCCCGCUCCCUCUGCUGAAAACCCUGACUCAUCACCUGGUACAGCAGCUGGAGGGCUUAAACACCGGCCUGUUGUCGUGCAUAGCCAGGUGCAGGAUCGGAGUCAGGCCGUAGAGACGAGGCUGUCGCGGAUGGCGGGGAAGUCUCUCAGCAGAAGAGCUUGCUGUUUACUGAUGAACGGAGUGUUUCGAAAGUGGUGAAGCCAGGUUAUCCAUUUCUUCUUUUAAUGUGUCAUGUGAUUCUCCGAGGGAGCUGCAGUGUGAGCGGAAAUGCUCUCGGUGGUGGAGAAUGGACUGGACCCCCGGGCUGCCAUCCCGGUCAUCAAGAAGAAGCUAGUGGGAUCUGUGAAGGCGUUGCAGAAGCAGUACGUGUCCUCGGACACAGUGGUCACUAGCGAAGACGGAGAUGCCAACACCAUGUGCAGUGCCCUGGAGGCCGUAUUUAUCCACGGCCUGCAUGCCAAGCACAUCCGAGCCGAGGCCGGAGGGAAAAGGAAGAAGAGCGCCCACCAGAAGCCUCUGCCUCAGCCUGUCUUCUGGCCCCUCCUGAAAGCUGUCACCCACAAACACAUCGUCUCGGAAUUGGAGCACCUGAUCUUUGUCAGCACGGACGUGGGCCGCUGCCGGGCCUGGCUGAGGCUGGCCCUCAAUGACGGCCUGAUGGAGUGCUACCUGAAGCUGCUCCUCCAGGAGCCCGCCCGCCUGUGCGAGUACUAUCAGCCCACAGCCCUGCUUCGAGACGCCGAGGAGGGCGAGUUCCUCCUCAGCUUCCUGCAGGGACUGACGUCCUUAUCCUUCGAGCUCUCCUACAAGUCCGCCAUCUUAAACGAGUGGACGCUUACCCCACUGGCUCUCUCUGGGCUUUGCCCGCUCUCUGAGCUCGACCCCCUCACCACCUCUGGGACAGAACUACAGCGGAAAGAGUCUCUGGAUUCAAUUUCCCAUUCCUCAGGCUCGGAGGACAUCGAAGUCCAGCACUCAGGCCAUAAGAUCCGACGGAACCGGAAGCUCACGGCCUCCUCCCUCAGCCUGGACACCGCCAGUUCAUCCCAGCUGUCUUGCAGCCUAAACUCUGAUAGCUGCCUACUCCAAGAGAAUGGCUCCAAGAGUCCAGACCGUUCCGAGGAGCCCAUGUCCUACGACUCCGACCUGGGGACAGCAAAUGCCGAUGAUUCAGACCCGUCUCUGCAAGAGGUAUUGUCGGAAUUCAGCAAAGCCCAGGUAAACUCUGUGCCAACCAACGGACUGAGCGGACUGAGUGGAGAAGUGGAGAUUCCCACGGGGCGGGCCUCACUCCCCCUCCCCGGCCUGGAGGCCAGCAUCCCUUUUGAUGUGCCCGCAGAGCCCCUCCCGCCCCAAGCAUCCUCUGGGACUCAAGAUGGGGACCGCAAGCAGGAGCCGCCUCCCCAGGCACCUGGCACCCUGGGCUUGCUGCAGUUGGGCACUGCCAAAGCUGUCCCCUCGGUGAGCAUUUUAGACCAGAGGCCUUCCAGUCCCGUGAGAGAGGCGGCGGCCAGAGCAGUCAGUCCGGGGAGCGGCCAGCAGAAGUCUCUGGAGGAUGACGGAGCUGCACGGAGCCUUGGGGUGUCCUCACCCACCAGCCCGAGUCUGUGUGUGUUCACCCCCCCUGGAAUCAAGGAAGGGAAACCCCGGCUCAUCCCUGCCGGGCCCAUCGCCCAGGGCACCACCAUCUCUGCCUACGUGGCCAAAUCGAGAAAAACGUUGCUCGUGGAAGACAUCCUUGGGGACGAACGAUUUCCACGAGGUACUGGCCUGGAGUCUGGGACUCGUAUACAGUCUGUUCUUUGUUUACCAAUUGUCACUGCAAUCGGUGAUUUGAUUGGCAUCCUUGAGCUGUAUCGGCACUGGGGCAAAGAAGCCUUCUGUAUGAGUCAUCAGGAGGUCGCGACAGCAAAUCUUGCCUGGGCUUCAGUAGCCAUCCAUCAGGUGCAGGUGUGCAGAGGCCUUGCCAAGCAGACCGAAUUGAAUGACUUCCUACUUGACGUAUCCAAGACAUAUUUUGAUAACAUAGUCGCAAUAGACUCUCUACUUGAACACAUAAUGAUAUAUGCAAAAAAUCCGGUGAAUGCCGACCGUUGUGCACUUUUCCAGGUAGACCAUAAGAACAAGGAGUUAUAUUCAGACCUUUUUGAUAUCGGAGAGGAAAAGGAAGGAAAAGCUGUCUUCGAGAAGACCAAAGAAAUCAGAUUUUCAAUUGAGAAAGGGAUUGCUGGUCAGGUAGCAAGAACAGGGGAAGUCCUGAACAUUCCAGAUGCCUAUGCAGACCCACGCUUCAACAGAUUCCUCAGGUGCUCAGAGGAGACCAGCAGCACGUCUGGGAGAUCCUCGGGACCACAGGCCCUCAGCUGCACCUUCUCCCCUCCGAAGAUGAUGAGGACGCUACUCAUGUCCUUGGUCAGCUGCCUCGUUGCCAUAAAUGAGGCCAAGCUCAUCAAUCGCUGUGACUUGGCCAGAGUGCUGCACAAGGAGGAUCUGGAUGGGUUUGAGGGCUACUCCCUGAGUGACUGGCUGUGCCUGGCUUUUGUGGAGAGCAACUUCAACCUAUCAAAGGUAAAUGAAAAUGCAGACGGCAGCUUCGACUAUGGCAUCUUCCAGAUCAACAGCCACUACUGGUGCAAUGAUUACAAGAGUCACUCGGAAAACAUCUGCCGCGAGGACUGCAAAGGUCUGGCCGGGGUCUCAGGGUGGGAGAGGCGAGAGGAUGAGUGGGGUCUACUCGCAGGACUUCUCUUCCCACUCCAAGCCUGGGAAUGCACCCAGAGGGAUGGCCCGAGGAGUCCAGGAAUGCCUUUGCUGAGCAGAGGAUUUGACUAGUGGCUACGAUGCCCCUCCGGUUAGGAGAUUCUCCGGGGUGCAGGCUCCAGAAAGGCUCUGCACACCCAGUAGCAGAGGACAGCAGCGGCCAACAUCUAUCGAGAGUGUGUUGUAUACUAAGCACUUCACAUGCCAGCUUCUCAUGCGGUGGAAACUAUUACGAUCCCCGCUUUACAGACGAGCAAACUGAGGCUCAUAGAACCGGUGCUGAAUGCCAGACUGGUGGCCCUGAAGGCUCAGCUCUAACCACCAAGUACUGACUUUGUUUGGUUAAUGGCCUGGUGGAUUCGAGGCCAAGGGCAAACUCCCCACCUCAGAGCCACUCCUGGAGGCUCCACAGGUCCAUGACUUUGCCCCUUACUCCCUCUUUCGUACUCUGAUCAACAUCCCUGCACUCUUCACCUGAAGAGCCUCUCUCAUUAGGCAAGGUUUACCUUGGCCUCUGUGCUGCCUGUUUUGACAUUUCUUUUCCCUAGAACCCCUCAAAACGUGGCGUGAACCAGCAUGUACCCUAGCUAGGAUGUGUGGUAGUAAACAUACAUUUACUCCUGCCCCUCCUGCCCCCACCCCUAGCCACCCUUGACCUCUAGCAGCCAUUGUAGGGAUAUCUCAAUGGGCCUCUGGGAGGGAGCCCUUGCCUAAUGUGGAAGGACUCCGCCCCUGGGGGGCAGGGAGAGCCAGUGUCUGCCUCAGUCUCUGGGACUGUCCUCUGUGUUCUCACGGGUAUUCUCUGUCUCCCCUUCAGAACUGCUGAGCCCCGAUCUUCUCUCAACCAUCAACUGUGUGAAAAAGAUUGUGUCUGGAGCAGGGGGAAUGAAGAACUGGUGAGGAGGUCACUGUGGGACUAAGUUAGCAGGCAGAGCCCCAAGAAGGAUGUAGUGACAGGAGGGGACAGGAGGCAAGGACUCGACCCCUUCUAACCGUCUAGAAAAACGUGGGAGAGCGGCGGGGCUCGGAACUGGGACUUACAAGGCUUGGGAUCUGGGCCUUUCUCUGAUGUUGUAUUAAAACCGUUUUGGACACAGUAGCAAAGCAACUUGAGUUAGCUGAGGGAGAUGGCUUCAGAGGGGACAAGGUGUCUCACCGAGCUUACCCAAGGGGUCUCUUCUCGGGAAGAGAACGGAGGCGGAGCUGGGAACUGUCAGUGUGGCUCUCCUGACAAGUUUCUGCCUCCUCGUGCAUUUCCUUCACUACUUUCUUUGUAGAGCAGUAUAUUCUGCUCCACAUUCCAGAGGACAGAUCGUGGCUGCCCCCAAGCUAACGGGCUAAUGUUCUGAGCAGUCACGGAGACUGGCUAGUCUCAGCCCCAGAGUCCAAGGGGCUGGGAUAGAGAAUCCGAUUGGCUCAGCUUGGACCCAUCAUCCCCGCGUGGUUCAGUGAGCUGUAGGUGUGGGAGCAGUUAAGCAGUACCAUCAUGCUGGCCACGGCCACGGGUGGGGGGUGGGGCUGGCCCUCUCCAUAAUUCGCAGCAACAUUUUCUAUAAAAGGUGCGUAGCUCCUCAGCUGAGCAAAUACCCCCAAAGCUGUCAGCUUCCCAAUGGUAGACAGUGCAAUGGUUGCUUCACUUUUCUGAGCUUCAGAUUGGAGAUAGAUGAUAGAUAGAUAGAUAGAUAAGUUGCCUCUACAGGUGCCUGUGAGGAUGGAGGGGGUUAAGUGCCUUGUCUACUCUAGGAACACCAUGCGGAAGAGACGCUGACGGCUAUUAGGGAUGACCCUCUCUGGAGGGAGAGUCGAUAGUUGCCCCUGAGAUUGACGGAUUGGUUAUUUAUUCAUUCAUUCAUUCAUUCAUUCAUUCAUUUAUCUUUCUGUGUGUUUAGUGACUCUCAGCCUUCUAAAAUGGUGCACUCCCCCUUUGGGGCCAGAGGAGGAUUGGAAAACGUGGGAGCAUGCUGGAUGGGGGGAGGAGCCAAACACCACAGAUCAGAGAAAUUUAAAGGAAGGCUCAGAGGGGCCACAGGGGGACAGACCAGAGAGCGAGUAAUGAAGGGGGUUCUGUGCAUUGCCGUGCUGUGCUGUGCGUUCACUAAGUGCUGGGUCAUGGAUGUGGAGAAGGACCUACUAAGUAGGAAGCAAGAGCCCAGCCUUCUUCUCUCCACAGGGUGGCAUGGAGGUUGCACUGUGCGGGCCGGCCACUCUCCUAAUGGAUGACGGGGUGUCACAAGGAAUGAGACAGGCGUGGAGUCAUUCCAGCGUUCCUCUUCUCGCCUGGGGAUUCUUCAUGCCUUCUUCCUCUUGCCUCCACUUCACGUUAUUUUCUUUCCUUCCCAUGUUCAAAAAGGACUGACCGGAGCCCCAGGAAUAAAUGGUUUUCUAGGGCUUUCUCCUUGUACCCAUCCAGGCCCCGGCGCCUGGUUCCUGACUGUCAUUCGCAAACCAAGAGAGGACCACAGUGAAGAAGUUGUUAUAUUUGGGGAAUUGUUAAAGCAUUCCUUGUGCAAAGAAUGUGUUGAUUUAUUCAUCUUUAAUUCCAGAUAUCUUCGAGUACCUAGUAUGGCGGGAGGGUGGCAGGUACUAGAAGAAGGAAGGUAAAUCGUAACCAUUGUCCUUGAGGUGUUCACCAUCUGCCUGGAGAAGCAGAGACACACACGAAUACUGGCUACAGCGAAUGAGUGGAUACAUACAAUGAAUACAUGGUGCUGAUGUGGAGUCGAACCUGCAAAAUGACACCGCAAAGACAGAAAAGGGGCAGUUGGAGCAAUGUUCUACCCAUGGCUACGAUCGGAACUGCCUGAAUAAACUGUCCCGCCUGGGCCAUUGCUGUCCCUACUUCUGAGCCUUAACUACUUCAGCUCUGAAGUGAGAGAUUUGACAUUUGAGCGGUUCCCAGACUUUUGGACUUCACAGACCAGUAAAACACGAAAAAAGUUAAGGCCAUGUUAAAAUUUCCAACUUUUUAUUUUAAU